AUGACUGAACCACACUCCGGUCCGAAGGAGGUCAUUGACAGCGCCAAAUGGACUGAAGGAGACUUCAGCCUCGUUUCGGCUGACGGGGUUCGCUUCCGAGUUCCGUCCCGUGCACUCUUCGUCGCUAGGUAUGUCGCACGUCAUUCAACGCUGACAGGCAGUGAGGUGCUUGCCACAGCAGGGCAGUCCGUCGGAUGGGACUUGUUGGAGUGGGACUUCGCAGACCCCCAAUUAGAGAGCGCAGCAGUUCUUGACCGCUUCCUCGAACUCGUCGUGAACGGCAAUCUGAUCCGGCUGUCCCAUCACGAUCCCGUCGACAUGGGACCCUGCGAUCGCUAUUUGCAUCUCCUCAACUUUCUGAAGAAGUACAAGUGCACCCUCGCUCUGCGGCUGUUCGAGCUGUGCGCACAUGAGUACCUCGUUCAAGGCGGUAUGCCGAGUCGAACCGUAUUUGUGCUGGGUGCAGCGUUGGACAACCCCGGUUUGUGCGCUGCCGCGCUCCAGCGCUUUUGCACUGAUGACAUCGAGAAACGCCUCCACAGCAAGGUUCAUGAGCUCUGUGGCGCUGAUCCCGGCCUGGUCAGUGACGAGCUUUGGGAGCAUCUCCCCCCUCACUAUGCAAGGGCGUGGGUGGUUGCCUGGGCCGAGGGCAAAGGUGUGCAAGAUCACAACACCGACAGGGCGCACACCUUGGGAGGCGUUGUGCUGCAUUUCGUCAAUCGACUGAGCAAGACGUAG